GCAUUUCAUUAAGCGCAGUUCGCUCGUUGUCUGCAUCCACGGUUCAAGCCUUAUCAAAAGCGCUCACACACACCGCACACACAUACACAGUGAUAGCCCGCGAGUUACCAUGCUUAUGAAAUUUGCAUAUUUUGUGAUCUUUAGCGUCUGCUGGUCACACUGCGCCGGAAAUAAUUUAGAUCAUAAUGUAUUUGGAUCAAUGGAUGGCGCCACCAGCACCGAACGUAUUAAUGCGGCAAUGCGUUGCGUGAAUGUUAAUCCACAGCAUUCGGUGGAUCUGGAACAGAUAAUGGGCCUGUGGUAUGGCAGCGAGAUCAUAAUGCAUAGUCAAGAUUUUCCCGGCGUCUACGAAUACGAUUCGUGCGUUAUAAUUCAUCUGACCGAUGUGACGCAGCAGAUGCACAACAGCAAUAUCUACAACAACAACAACAAUUAUCGCAACUACAACAAUCGCAAUCAGAAUCAAAAUCAAAACAAUUAUAGACACAUCUCGACCACGCCCCAAUACGGAGACAACGACGAGUAUGUGCGUCAGAAUUCACAGAAUUCGCACAGGACGCGAUUUCUGCGGUUGGUGUGGAGCGAGCGGGACAACAAUCUGGAAUAUACCUUCAACUAUACGACAGAUGCACCGGGCCAAUGGUCGAAUAUUGGCGAUCAGCGCGGCUCUCUGGUCACACUGAACACCUAUACACAGUUCACGGGCACCGUCCAGGUGGUCAAAGCGGUCAACGAUCAUCUGGUGCUGACCUUCUGCGGCAACGACGUCAAGAGCUCCAUUUAUACGGUUGUGCUGACACGCAAUCGCCUGGGCCUCAGCACCGAUGAGCUGCGCAGCAUACGCAGCAUGCUCUCCCGCCGUGGCCUCUACACGGAGACCAUACGCAAGGUCUGCAACGGGGCCGGACGUAUGGGCGUUGGCCUUGUCGCGCUGCUGUUGUUGCCGCUAAUCGCCGCCUGGGGGCGUCGCCAGUGAGUCGCAGCGUAGGAAUCACAUUCCAGCCAUACUCUAUGUUUAAUUUAUGCAUAAUCGACUUACUUAAGCGUUUAACUCUCGGGCAAUACGGCAUCUAGUUGCAGCACGUCUAACCAAUUGCUUAGAUUCGGUGCCUUAAUUGCUUUUGUCUCCUCAAUUAAACUCAAUUAGUUAUUUGG